AUGUCUCGCCCAACCUCAGAACAAGUGGCAAACGCCUACGCUAGAUGGAAAGGCAAUGAAAAACCCACAGCACUCUGGUUAGACUGUGACACCGGACACGAUGACGCUUUUGCUAUUCUGUUGGCUGCUCAAUGUCCUGCGCUGAGGCUUUUGGGUAUUAGCACUAUCUAUGGUAAUGCACCACUGGUCAAGACGACGCAGAAUACGAGAUCUAUCUUGAGAGCGAUUGGAAGGGAGGAUGUUCCUGUGUAUGCUGGUGCUAGUAAGCCAUUUUGCCGUGCUGCGGCGUCUGCGCCUGACAUCCAUGGAGAAUCUGGAUUGGAUGGUACUACCGUCCUACCAGAGCCUGGAGCCCCUGAACGAACGGACAUGUCUGCCGUGGUGGCCAUGUACAAGGCUCUGAUUGCUGAGCCGCCAAAGACAGCAUGGCUUGUCGCUACCGGAUGUCUUACGAAUGCUGCUCUACUCUUCAACACAUUUCCUGAUGUCGUUGGCCAUAUCGCUGGAUUGACCAUCAUGGGUGGCGCUGUUGGAGGUGGUUUCACUAACGCACCCAUGGGCUCACUCGAGGGCGAGGGAGAACGUUUCGGCAACUGGACACCUUGGGCCGAGUUCAACAUUUACAUCGACCCCGAAUCCGCGCAGUCUGUCUUCAGCAACCCUAUCCUUGCCGCCAAAACCACCAUCGCUCCUCUGGAUUUGACACAUCAAAUGCUAGCAACGCCUGAGAUCUGCCAAAAACUACUCUAUGGAUUUGACGAGGAAGUGGAUGGAACCGAGGCUUCAGUCCUCCGCGUCUUGUUCAACCAGAUCCUUACCUUCUUCGCAACUACAUACGCAGAUGUCUUCGGCCUCACAGAAGGACCCCCACUACAUGAUCCUCUUGCCGUGGCAAUGACUUUCCUCCCUGAUCUCUUCGACGACAGAGGUGGUGAGAGAUUCGAUAUCAAGGUCAUCAUCGAUGGCGAACACGGUGUGGAUGAGAUUGCUAGAACAACUUCGCAGUGCGGUCGUACUGUGCUCACUCCUGUGAAGCCUGGCGCGGGUGGUGUGCGUGUGCCUAGAGGCUUGGAUGCAGGACUUCUUUGGAGGAUAAUGGAUCUGUGCUUGAAGAAGGCCGAGGGUAAGAACCCAGAGACUAUGGCAAUGUCAGGACUGUGGAGCGUUGCUGAGGAUAUGUGA